CUACGAGUAGCGAUGCCUUUUGUUACUAAUUCGUAGCUUCUUGUACACCUCACUUAUACUAGUUAUACCAUUCAUCUGCACAAAGUCCUGCAGGUGCCAUGGCCGCUCAGUUUUGUCCCACCUGUGCGAAUCUCCUGAUCGUGGAGAUUGGGCGCCAGUCGAACUCCGCCUUUCGAUGUCGCACGUGUCCCUACAUCUACCAUAUCCGAGAGAAGCUGACGUCCAAGCAACUCAUCGCCAGAAAGGAAGUGGACGACGUCCUGGGAGGUGCGGAGGCGUGGAAAGAUGUGGACCAAACCGACGCGCACUGUCCCAAAUGCGCGCAUGGACGCGCCUAUUUUCGGCAGAUGCAGACGCGAUCGGCGGAUGAACCGAUGACCACGUUCUACAGGUGUACGCAGUGUGCGCAUAAUUGGAAGGAGGACUGAGGUCGCACGAGGACUCGCACGACUCGUUCCUCUUGGAUCCUGGAAGC